GAAGAGGGGGAGGGAGCGGGGAGGCUGAUCCUAGAGUGUGUGUGAAUGUGUGUGAGAGUGAGAGAGAGACGAACGGAGACCUGCUCACAGGACGCGCGCGCGCACACACACAAGCUCCCCCGCAGGCGCGCGCGCGCACACACACAUCCGCUCUCUUUUCCUCUUGCACGGAGCGAGUACAGAACCGGGAAGGGAAGAAUGAGGAAGAGGUCCACUGUGCUGCGCGCCUCGUCUCAGCGAAUGCGGGUCUGCUGAUGAAGCACCGCUUCGGUCACCCGAUCAUACAGGUCACUCAGGUCGCGCUGCAUGGAAACGAGGAGUAGGCAGGAGCGAAAGAUAACGGCAAUACAUAAAACAGUGAGUGCAUGGGAAUCCGGACUGUUCUACCCUCCCUUUGUGCGUCUCGCUCGUUGGAUACGCGAUCUUGGCUGGCGUAUAAGAGCUCCCUGCGUCUCCAUUUCCAUUCCCUACUCCAGGCUUACCUCUACGACCACUCCUCCUCCUCCUGUCUCCUUCUGCUCGGUGCAGAAAGAGUCCUUCUGAUUUUUACUAUCAUCUAUUCCGGACAGAGGAUCCUCGCAGUGUUAUAAAAAGGGUUGACAUCCUCGGUAAUUGGCAUCUCCCAGUUCCGGUUGUGUUGCCGCCAUGGGCUGCUGGGAUCCGUCCUCUGUCCUGUCGCCUGCCUUGAGGCUAGCAGUUGUUGCUGUGAUUUUCCUCCUCAACCUCCAUCCCAUGUUGGCCGGCACUCCUCCUGAGCCAAGCUUGGGCAGCUCUGUUUCAGCCGUGUCCACAAAUAAGUCUGAAUGCAGCAAGGCUGAACAGUGUGUGAAGGGGGUGAUGCUCCCUGUUUGGGAGCCCCAGAACCCGUCGUCUGGAGACAAGGUUGCUCGGGCUACGGUAUACUUUGUGGCUCUGGUGUACAUGUUCCUUGGUGUGUCAAUCAUCGCAGACCGUUUCAUGGCAUCGAUAGAGGUGAUCACGUCACAGGAAAAAGAAAUCACCAUUAAGAAACCCAACGGAGAAACCACAACAACUACGGUUCGGAUCUGGAAUGAGACUGUGUCCAAUCUCACCCUCAUGGCUCUGGGAUCCUCGGCUCCUGAAAUCCUUCUCUCGGUCAUAGAAGUCAUAGGUCAUGGGUUCGACGCUGGCACACUGGGUCCUUCCACCAUCGUGGGUUCUGCAGCUUUCAACAUGUUUGUCAUCAUUGGGCUCUGCGUCUACGUUGUGCCUGACGGAGAGACGAGGAAAGUCAAGCACCUCCGCGUCUUUUUUGUCACAGCUACCUGGAGUAUCUUUGCCUACAUUUGGCUCUACCUGAUCCUGUCCGUGAUCUCCCCUGGAGUUGUACAAGUGUGGGAGGCUCUGCUCACUUUCCUCUUCUUUCCCAUCUGCGUGGUGUUUGCCUGGGUGGCUGACCGCCGCCUGCUCUUCUACAAGUACGUCUACAAGCGUUACCGCACUGGCAAGCAGCGUGGCAUGAUCAUCGAGACAGAGGGCAAUCGUCCACUUCCGUCCAAGGUGGACAUUGAGAUGGACGGGAAGAUGCUGAACUCCCAUGGUGUUGACUUUCUGGAUGGUCCUCUUGGCUUGGAUCUGGAUGAGAAGGAUCUGGAUGAGGAGGAGACUCGCAGAGACAUGGCCAAAAUCCUGAAGGAGCUCAAACAGAAACACCCCGACAAGGAGGUGGAACAACUCAUUGAACUUGCCAACUACCAAGUCCUGAGCCAGCAGCAGAAAAGUCGAGCUUUCUAUCGAUGCCAGGCCACCCGACUAAUGACAGGCGCUGGCAACAUUCUGAAAAAGCAUGCUGCCGAUCAGGCCCGAAAGGCUGUCAGCAUUCACGAGGUUCGCUCCGAUGUUGGUGAUAAUGAUCCCAUCUCCAAGAUCCUUUUUGAGCCUGGUUCCUACCAGUGUCUUGAGAAUUGUGGCACCGUGGCUGUGAAUGUGGUGCGAAGAGGUGGCGACCUUGGCAAAACGCUUUCCGUGGAGUACCGAACAGAAGACGGCACAGCCAACGCUGGCUCUGACUAUGAGUUCACGGAAGGUGUAGUGGUGUUCAAGCCUGGCGAGACCAUGAAGGAGAUUCGUGUGGGCAUCAUCGAUGACGACAUAUUUGAGGAGGAUGAAAACUUCCUAAUUCACCUUUCUAACGUGAAAGUGUUGGCAUCAGAAGGUGAGGAGCACGAGGAAGGCGAGUCGGCGAAUCACGUGGACUCUGUGGCUUGUCUUGGCAUACCCGCCACGGCAACCGUGACCAUAUUUGAUGACGACCACGCUGGUAUCUUUACAUUUGAGGAACCAGUUUGCCAUGUCAGUGAAAGCGUUGGCACUAUGGAGGUGAAGGUGCUGAGGACAUCUGGAGCUCGCGGCGUGGUCAUGCUGCCAUACAAAACAAUCGAGGGAACAGCACGAGGUGGUGGAGAGGACUUUGAAGACUCUCAUGGUGUCCUGGAGUUUCAAAAUGACGAAAUCUUUAAAACCAUCAAGGUGAAAAUAAUAGAUGACGAGGAGUAUGAGAAGAACAAAACCUUCUACAUUGAGAUUGGGGAGCCUCGCCUGGUGGAGAACAAUGACACCAAAGGUCAGGAAGAGGAGGAAAAGCCAAAAGAAGUAGUAGAGGAAGAAGAGGCGCUGACAGGUAAAGACGAAGAGGAGAGGCGCAUAGCGGAAAUGGGGCGUCCCAUGCUGGGAGAUCAUGUCAAAUUGGAGGUCAUUAUUGAGGAAUCAUACGAGUUCAAGAACACAGUGGACAAGCUUAUAAAGAAGACCAACCUGGCUCUGUUGGUAGGGACCAACAGCUGGAGAGACCAGUUCAUUGAAGCCAUCACUGUAAGCGCAGGGGAAGAUGACGAUGAUGAGGAGUGCGGUGAGGAGAAGCUGCCCUCGUGCUUUGACUAUGUCAUGCACUUUCUGACCGUCUUCUGGAAGGUUUUGUUCGCCUUUGUCCCACCAACUGAUUACUGGAGCGGCUGGGCCUGCUUUGUUGUGUCCAUCUGCAUGAUCGGAUUGCUCACUGCCGUCAUCGGGGAUCUGGCCUCCCACUUUGGCUGCACGGUGGGUCUGAAAGACUCCGUCACAGCAGUCGUAUUUGUUGCAUUGGGAACAUCUGUGCCAGAUACAUUUGCCAGUAAGGUUGCUGCUAUCCAAGAUCAGUAUGCUGAUGCAUCCAUUGGUAACGUGACUGGCUCAAAUGCUGUCAAUGUUUUCCUAGGCAUUGGGGUGGCGUGGUCCAUUGCUGCCAUCUACCACCAAAGCAAGGGGGAGGAGUUUAAGGUGGAUCCUGGCACUCUGGCAUUCUCUGUCACACUCUUUACCAUAUUUGCCUUUAUCUCAGUCGCCACUCUGAUGUACCGACGACGACCAGAGAUUGGUGGAGAGCUGGGAGGGCCACGGACUGCAAAGGCCCUGACCACAAUGUUGUUCUUCAGCUUGUGGCUCCUCUACAUUCUUUUCUCCUCGCUGGAGGCUUAUUGCCACAUCAAAGGUUUUUAAGGUGGUGAGAAAUAACAAAGGGAAGGAUGUAACAGGAAUACAAGACAGAAGAAUGGUGAAUUAAUUGAGGAUUUGGGGUAUUAAGGCUGUUUUGAUGAUCUAGUAUUCCUUUUGUGCAAUACAUUUAAUGACAAAUGAAUGGAAGGAUGUACAGAUGAAGGACCUUUAGAUGUAUUGAAGCAUCUAAAAACUAAGUGGAAGGAAACAGAUGCAUGGAAGGACAAGAAUCAUAGCAGUUAGAUACGUUUCUCAAAAGACGGAAAUUUGACGGUGAAAAAAGGAGUAAACAAAUAAAUCAAUUUUUGUCUAGCUACACAAAAAGACCCAUUAAGUUAUUUUAAAGUACACUCAUGUUUUAACUACAUACAACAAAGUUAUAGGGUUGCAAACACGUGGUAAUAAUAUUUUUUCCAGCUGGAUCUAUGAGCUUGAAGUCUGGAAGUUUGCUUAAACAGAAAUCGCUGGAUUCCUCUUCCAUUCGGAGCAAUCGUCUGUCCAGCUACACCAAUAUAAACGUCUACAACCAUAUUUAGACAAUACUAACAACACAAUCAGGAAAAAAAAUGGGAUUCAUUGCCACAUCUGUGUACUGAAAACAAACUCUGUUUGCUGGCGUGAGGCGACGUAUAUGUGCUUGUGUGCUGUUGGAAGAAGGUAAACUACUGUGAAAAAAAAGCCUCUUGUUUUUGCUGUUGCCGCGUGAGACUAAAUGUAUCUGAGGUCUUCUGGACUCUCACUUUCUCAGCGUGUAGAAAUGCUGAGCAGGACUCUCAUGGUGGCGGAGAGCAAUCAGUGUGGCCAACUUUUGAUCAUUGCUGAAGUCAGGCAUGUAAAUACUCGAGAGCUAAACGUAUAUUUAGAGCUUCACUGAUUUUUCUUCUGAAUGUCUUGGUUAUGCCAUGCGCUCCUGAACGAGCGCUCCUUUUGUUGCUUUAAACUGUAGAUAUAAUAAUUUAAUAUCUUAUUUAAUAUGAAAGGGUUAAUGUGCUUUUACCUUUAAUAAGGCCCAUGUCUGAGAAGACAAACAGGCCACUCUACCGUUAAAAACUGUUAGAGAAACUAUAAUCAUUGCAUUAAAAUCUAAGUUAAUCUUGUAUGUUUGCGUUUUUGUUCUGGUUUUCCACCAAUGAGAUAAUCAAAUAAUUCUGAAUCAUCCCACUGCAAUACACUUUCAUAAUGUAUAAAAUGUUGAUACCAGUCUCUGCAAAACCUGGCCGACAUUCUUUUAGUUGUCCAUCUUAUUAUCUCACUUUCACACAGCUUGAUUUUUUCUGAGUUUCAAUCGAUAUCCAAUAUCUCUGAACCACCUCUCCCCAAAAGUUGCAAGGGCUGGCUUUUCGACAAACAACUUUUAGUCUCCAACCUUUAAAUGACAUUUCUAGCACACAUAUAAAUCUGUCAUUUCGAAGGUAUUUGCGUUGAUAUUGAAAUAUGAGUACAUUGUUUAAAGAACUAAACCAAGUAUACAUAAAAGCUAAUUUAAUGUGUUCAAUCAGGCAAAGCUCUUACUUUUCUUGAUAAGAGCCGUUCUAUUUAUAACAUAAACUGCAAAUUGCAAAUAACUCUAUUAAUCUUGAAACGACUAUUCAUUCUCAUUUUCUUGUCACUUUCUCUUGUAACUAAUUCAAAAUAUUAUACCCAUCAAACUGGAUGAUUACUGUCUAUUUUUUUAUAAAAAGGAAGUAAACAUUAUAUAUUCUGUGAUUCACUGUCAUGUCAAAUGUUCAAAACAGCAAUUAUUGCUUGACUUUAACAGCCAACAUGAAAGCCAUUAAACUAAGAAAAAAUAUUAAAGGAAUAAAGAAAAAGUGAAUACAAGUAUUUGUAGAGUUUGUGCUGAAAUCAACUCAAUACAGGUAGGGGUAAAUGGUCUGGGGCUUCAUUUGUACAGCUUGCUUAUGCACCACACUGGGUCUGAAAACUGUGUUGGUGACAUUCCACACAAAAUUUUGCAAUUUCUUAGAAGAACUUGACAGAAAAAUGUGCUCAAGUUUAAGCAAACUUUGGAUCUGGAGUAAGCACAUUUUGGAGAUGGUGAAAAAUUUAAUUUGGGACACGUUUUCAGACUUGCAGACCCUCGCGAUCACACACAAAACCAACAGUCACCCCCACCCCAAUCUCUGAACCGACAAUAAAAAUUACAUCACUAAUUAUUAUAAAUUGUCUUUAUGAUAUUACGCCUUCAAAAUCUUUAUUGGUGCAUCAAUUCUGUUGCAUGCAACGGCACAUGUGUGAUUAAAACUAGAAACUAAAAUGGCACUACAUAACACAGAGGUGCUGCUGUCGGGGUUUUCCUUAAACAGGUGAUAACAGAACAUUGGCUCGUUGUUGUGGGAAUAAGCCAACCAUUGGGCUGAUAAUUCCAGCCUAAAGUCCUUUUUGGGUUAAAUUAAAUCCUUUCAUUAAAUGUUCCCCUUAGAUCAGGAAAAGAGAGCCACCUCUCCCUGUGCAACAUAUUGCUGCUUUUAUUGAUUUGUAUCAAUGAUUAAUGUCAUCUUAGGCCUGAAAUAUACUUGCUAACAGGUACUGCUGUCGGGGUUUUCCUUAAACAGGUGAUGACAGAACAUUGGCUCGUUGUUGUGGGAAUAAGCCAACCAUUGGGCUGAUAAUAGUUCCAGCCUAAAGUCCUUUUUGGGUUAAAUUAAAGCUUUUCAUUAAAUGUUCCCCUUAGAUCUGGAAAAGAGAGCAAUCUCUUCCUGUGCACCAUAUUGCUGCUUUUAUUGAUUGGUAUCAAUGAUUAAUGUCAUCUUAGGCCUGAAAUAUACUUGCUUUUUAACUAUGCAUACGUGUGUUUAAAUUUGCUACUUUGCAUUUAUUUGUACCCCAAACGCCCGGGACUCUAUCUGGUCUGAUUUCUAUACUGUGCCCCCCUAGUGGAACACUCCAGUACUACGUGCAAGCACCAGCAAGUAUGUGAAAAAAAGACACAACCUGAUGCCUGCACCAAUGCAAAGUUAAAAAGCAAGUAUAUUCCAGGGCUCAUCCCUGCAGCAGAGUGAAGGGAAUAAAGUAUUUGUCCAUGCCUACGUCACACCCUGAGCAUAGAUUUUUGUGUCGGUUGUCAUGGUCACCCAUGAAACACGAUUGAUAAGCGGGUUUGUUUAUACGUACAAUAUUAAGAACGUAGUUUGCAUUGUCCAUUUAUUGCAGAAAGUGGGUGUGUAGAAGGCAAGAUGUGAUCCAGAAACACCUGACCACAUGUGUAAACAGAGUUUUAUAGGUCAGGAAAUUAGCUUGCGUUACAUUUCUUUUUUUUACUGAGCUCAAGUUGGGUUUUAGUAAGGAUUCUAUGCAAAGUUUUAUAAAUGAGGCCCCUGGUUACUACAGAAAGCCCUAAAGGGACAUGUAUGAGUAUUUAAACCAGCUUACGGAUGCUUGAAGAAAUGACGUUAAAUCAAAAGAAAGAAUAAUAUUUUAGUCAUUUUUAAAUCUCUUUUAAAGUAGAUGAACCUUGUUAAAUGUAAGGUGAGUUUAAUUUAGUCACUGAGUUUAAAGUACGAAUCAAGCAGUAUUAACAGAUUAAGUGUUUAAUAUUAGGGUAAUUCCUUGAAUACAUAAAGGAAUCCGUAGUCCUGUUGGCUUAUGCUUUAUUUUCUUCUAACAAACAUGAAAGUAUGCCAGAGUUUAAUUAACAAGAUGAUGCAAAUUAACUGUGAAUCUAUUGUGAUCGGGUAGUGUUGGGAAAACUAAUGCAAUCUCACAUUUUUAAAUCGGAGCCAAAAAAGUUAUAAUAUACAUAUUGUAUAAUGUAAUUUAUCCUCUGUCUUAAAAUAGAAUUUAAGCUAUAAAAUCUCAUUUCAAGGUGUCACAGGAGUCAGUGAUUUUCUCUAUAAAUAUUUGGCAAUCGAAGUGUGGCUGGAGGAUGUGAAAACAAUAUUUCUACUAUUUGACAUCAUCUUAGGCAAAAGCAAACCGUGUUGAUCACAUUAGCAUUUCAUGUUUUUAAUAAAAUGUCAAAAUAAAAAAAUUUGAUGCAAAAACAAAUUGACAUCCAAAAAAAAUUGCCAAAUAACCAAAUCUUCGAGCCUAUUGUGACUGUGAGAAAAGUCUAGACUUCAGACUGUUAUUUUAAUCCUUCAGCUACAACGACAAAGAACUCAGCGUACUCUAACUUGUACUAUAGCACUACUGUAUGCAACAAAAUUGGCUAGUAUUUCCCUUAUCCCUUUUUUAAACUUAAUGUAUAAUUCAUCGUAUUGAAUUGUCUUUUGUAAAAUGUCAUCUGAACCAGAAGUAUAACAUUGUAAACAUAGCAGUCAUCUAGUUAGACGUCUACAAUACAAGUAAAGCAGAGUGGAGGUCAAUUAUGGACAAAUUUGGAAAAUCUAAAAAGUGUUGUGAAGAUGAGGAUAUAUUGGAAUUUUUCUAAAAUAAUCAAUCCAGAGGGCUAGGGAAUUACACAAUUUUAGAGUGCUAUAUAGAGGUAAAAUAUGGCUCACAGCUCUAUUUUAAUUCCUAAAUCAAUUGAAAUACUCAAACUCAAUGUUUUUGCCAAGCUGCUAAAAGUACAGCUUUUUAUUAGAUUAGCUGUUCUCAUUUGUACGAAGAUGCAGUUUACUCUUUUUGCCAAAGGGAAAUUCUAUAAGAAAGUAAGAAUUUCUAACUAGCUUGUCUUUCUGAAAAUACCAAAUAUCCAUGUUGAUAACAAUAGGAAAAGUUUGAACCCAACCCAAAUCAGUAAAUCUCAUUUGUAUAUUCACUGGCAUGAAGUUGGAGGUUUAUACACAGUAAAAAUUAUUGCUAAUAUCUACAAAAGGAGUACGAAAUCAACAUAGAUUUUUAUUGCCAGUGCAUAAUGUGUAUAAGAUUUUGUUGAAUUGUGUUAGACUUACCUAAAAUUUGUCUGCUACUUGAGUUGAGUAAACGGGAAUGAAAAGCUUGCAGUUAUAUAGAUGUUAGCGUCAAAUUAUUACUUGAAGCUUUUCUAGCAACACCAACUUUGCUGUGCUCUCAUGUUCUGUAUCUACCUUGAAUACAUGUGUCUGAUAUGAAGCUGAUGGCUGAUUUAUGACAGCUGUUAAGAGGAUUUUAACCAAGUAUGGAAGUUAACAAAUUGUAGGCUGCAAAAAGCAGGUUGGCUUUUUUUUACCUGCAUCUAUUGUAAAUGCCAAACAGGAUCUACAUUCUUUUUCAAUGCAACACUUUCCUGCAAAGAAUUACAAUAGUGGUUAGAUUUAGCUUCUUGUCUUGCUUUUGACUUCUGAGUGCAGGACGGUCAAAGAUUAGCUGCGCUACUGCUAUACAGAUGGACACUAAAAGCAAUGAAGGAAUAAACAAAUUUCUAUGAUUCAAUGAGUUUUUUUUUCAAUGAUGUGGGUUUUAAAUAAAGCAUUGCAUUGGUUCUUGUUGCUAAUAUGAAACAGCUACAAAGAGUUACUUCUGAUGUAAACAACCAAUUCUGUUUUGUUUCUUGACUGAUUUACGCAGUAAUAAUGUUCCUGUACAAAAAGAAAAAAAAUUAUAAUCCAGUGGUGAUAUCUGUUGUGACUCAUUAGCAAUGUUACUUCUAAUUUAAGAGUUGAUCUAUUUAAUGCCUCUUCCCCUCCUUAACUGACGGUCUGUCUGACACUGAAAAAUAAAUGAAUGCAAAACGACACUGUCAAACGUGGAAAUUGAAGGACAAAUAUCCUUGCUGACACAAGCUGAGUAAAAGUGUAUCGCUAGAAAAGGGGAAAAUUUGACCAGAGCUUUUCUCUACCUUUAAAUCACAUUUAAUAAGUAUAUUGUCAAAGGUGUUAAAGAGAAAACAGAAGGAAAUGGAAUGCAAGGAGGACAAAGACAAAAAUAAAAAAUAACAAUAAAAGAAGUUACAGCCAUACAUUGAUUUCUGGGUCAGUGAGCUCAACUGGACUUCUCCUGCCCAGCAUGUGUAUUGUUAAGGUGUCUUAUCUGUCCCUGUGUCUUUUUUCCCCUCUUUUUUUUAUUUUCUCAAUCUCCUCUGCCACCAACAUAACAGAAACAGGCAGUGGUGUUUUAUCUGUACUUCCCUCACCCCAUAUCCCUAAUUGCCCUAUGUCCCUAUGCCAUGUUUUCCUCAUUUUGGAAUGUCAAUGUGCUACUUGUUGACACUGUGCAUGAAUGAUAACAUGUCUGUAUAUAGUUAUAGAGAACUGUAUCCCAUUCCCAUGGCAUUGACGAAAGAAGGGUUGAAUGUUGUACAGAUUCAGUUUUUAUUUAUUUUUAUUUUUUUGGUUGAUCUUAAAAUCAGUGUACUUACAUUUGGCGUAUAGAGCUUAGCAUUUUGGUUUGAAGUCAAACGAAGCUGCAAAGCCUUUUGUUCUAAUGUAAUUGCACAUUACUAUUUAGUUAAAAAGGCAAUAUCUGCUGUUAUUGAAUGAGAGGAGAUCUUAAAGGAGUUACGUAUCUUAAAUAAAUACUCUGUAUGGGAAUUGCAUGGGUUCUUUGUAAAAAGUAAAAAAAAAUUAAUAAAUAAAAAGACACUGCUUGCUACUUUUAAUAUCAUGGUUGUUUUCUCAAAGGAUGAGGGAUAGUGUAUGUACAUCUAAAGGUUAUUUUGUCUUUAAGAAAUAAUUAUGUGUAAAUACUGUACAGCAUUAUCAGUGAGGUGGACUAUAUGGCCAUCCCACUAACCAUAGAGAAUUAAUCCUACAUAUUUAUUUCAAUAGAAACAGCACUCACUACACUCAAGAAUGACAUAUAUUGCCUUUUUGGAGAAGUUUCAAACUUGUCUGCCUUCUCUAUUCACCUUGAUUCAUAUUUGUUUUGUCCUUAGAUGCUUUAUUUCAUGUCUUUAUUCUCCCAUCUCUUAUUCUGUGCUGUUUAUUCUUCUGUGAGAGGGGUGGUUUUGAAUGAUUUUGGCUAAAGUUCGACUGAUUUUGAUGGUAUUUUGAGUAGCCUGUUUUUGGCUGCUGCUAGCACUGACUCAACAGUGUUUCCAUGCAAACUUGCGUCCACCUGUUCCAUGUCUUGAGUGUCCGUAAAUAGUUAUGCACAAUAUAUCUGUCCUUGUCACUUCCUGCCUCAAAAGAUUCAUUCAUCUGUAUUUAAGUUAAUAUCUGUUCGAUUCUUAACUGUCUGUUACUUUUCUUGGUUUUAUUUUCUCUUAAUCUUCUCUCACUAAAAUAUAGCUUACCUUUUCAGCUGUGUUUUUUCUUAAAUUUCUGCUGGGUGCAACCUGGGAUUUCAAACCAGCCACUAAAUUGGUAGUUUAGCAUUUUGUUUUAAUGGAAUAACUGCAGCACUUGUGUUUUUAAUACUAAGUUUUUUUAUUUAUUUCAGCUUUACCACUGUCUGCAUUCGUGUGUUUAACAUUGUUAUGUUUUGUUAAGCAUCAGUUGAUUGGCAGAACAUUGUGUGUGUGUGCCACCACAAACUGUGACUGCUCACCAUGGUACGUCUGAUAAAACCAGUAAAAUAAAGUUUGGGAUACCGUGUUUCAAA